GAAGUGGUUUAUUUGUUUUAAAAUGUUAUAUAAUGAGGAUGUGAUUUGUUGAUUACAAACUUAAUAAGACGAAAUACGAAAUUAUACCCUUGUUAUUCACCUUCUAUUCCAAUACAAUCCCAGUUGUUGCAUUUAAAGAAUUGCGGUCAAAUGAAAGCAACAAUUCCUUGGACCAAAUUAUUCAUUUACAUGUUUGGAUUUGCCCACCGUUCAAAUUCAGGUUUUCCUAAAAAAGAUCUGCUACAAAGCUUCAACAUGGAUCAUUCCCAGCACAGUAUUGGUAACCAUGAUCAUAUGCACCAUACAGCUACCACUCAAGGUGACAUAAUAAAUGAUUUGCCAGUGUCAACAACGGGUAGUCCGGAAAAUAUCGAUGUUAGCGAUCAUUCUAUGCACCAACAUCAUCAUCAUGGCGGUGUAGCUGGGGUUGCUAUGGACCAUAUGAUGUCAAUGGCUUUUCAUUUUGGAUGUAAUGAAACCAUACUUUUCUCUGGGUGGAAAAUUGAAACUGUUUUUGGAUUGAUUGGUUCUAUGAUUGCAAUAUUUAUAAUGGCAACUUUAUAUGAAGGUUUAAAGUACUACAGAGAGUAUUUGUUUUGGAAAACCUAUAAUUUACUUGAAUACCGACCUGUUUCAAUGCCGGAAAAGGGACCUGAAGAACAAAGUCCGGCACCUACAAUACACUAUGUGGGAGAAGUUAUACACAAGAAACCGCCAUCAAUGCUCUCCAUUAACCAUUUGUACCAAACUCUCCUGCAUGUGAUUCAAGUCACUUUAUCAUUUUUACUUAUGCUGGUUUUUAUGACUUACAACGUUUGGCUGGCCAUUUCAGUUGUUCUUGGGGCCGCUGUCGGUUACUUCUUGUUUUGCUGGAAAAAAUCUGUUAUUGUCGAUGUGACAGAACAUUGUCAUUAGCUGUUUCCGUUAUCCCAUCAAAAAAUGAAUGCAACGAAUUCGGCCUUAAAUAACCGAGUGCGUUUAGAAAAAGAAUCAGAAAAUGGAGCCACCCACGACUCUUCCAUCACGAGCAGCGGCAUUUAUCCUACAACUCUGUGAAUGAAACAAAAUGUCGAAAUAUUAUUUUUAAACUCAUUGAUAGCUAUAUAAAUAUUUUUUAUGAUACAACUUGAAUUUUUAAGGAUCUAGGUGAAUGAAAAAAAAAACAAAAAAUUAUUAUUACAAACUCUUUUAAGCUAGGCUUAAGUACAGUUCAUUAAAACAUAAUCUCAUAUGUACAUACAAACAAAAAAAUAGUAAAUAAUUGGUAUUAUAUAUAUAUACACCACACAAAAGAAAAACAAGUUAAAGGGAAAAUAAAACAUAAAUAUUUUAUUUUACAAA